CCUCUGACCGUGUCCGCUGCGUUCUCGUGUUCUCGCCGCUUGCAUUACGAAUCGGCGUUCUCGGCAGAGAUGUCGUGUUCGUCAGCGGACUCGGUUUGUGUGUUGUAUCUGUAUGUUUACACUUGUAUGUCUACCUGUUGCUCGAGUAUAUCGAGAAUUCAAGAUUAAAGUAUACGCUGAAGAAAUUCCAAGAAUGCUAUAAAAGUUCCGAAAAUGAAAUCAGUCAAACUCUCGAUCAGUGCGCAUUAUAACGACAUGUGCAUUACGUGGUUUUGUGAACAACUAUUAUGUCUUAAAGUGGCCGUGUAGCAAUUCUCCGAUGAUGAUCAUGGCUCGGUUAUUUUUCUUAGAGAAUUUUAGAUAAAGUUUAUGAUUAUAUUUAUUUUGUGUGUGGUGUGAAUUAAAUUAUGGUGUCAUGGGAAGCUGCUCAAAGAGACAUUUUUUACUAACCAUUUGUGUUCUUCAACUGAUAUUCACAGUCGAAAGGCAAGUGUUUGACUUCUUGGGUUACAUGUGGACGCCGAUUCUAUUAAAUUUCUUCAAUAUCAUAUUCGUUAUAUUCGGAUUCUUUGGAGGGUUUCAAUAUCGCCCGAAGUAUAUAAUUAGUUACUCGGCGUGGAACGUACUUUGGCUGGCAUGGAACGCUUUCAUAAUAUGCUUCUACCUGAGCGUGGGACUUUUGGACAAGGAAAGUUCUAUACUAAAUAUGGGCACUGGAAGCGUGAGCUGGUGGGAAGCCAAUGGCCCAGGAUGUAACGCGGUUUUCUCUCCUGAUGAGAUCGACCCUGCCAGGCAAUAUAGGCCGACGUCCAUUACUAAUUGUCUGGUGCAAUAUGAGCAUGUGGAAAUUUGCCAAGCUGCCAUCCAAUGUUUACUAGCUUUUCUCGGAUUCGUAUCAGGCAUAUGUUUGAGCAGGAUAUUUAUUGAAGACGACGACCAUUCUCAUAAAUCAGUAAAUUCGAAGCGCCAGUCUUUAUACUCAAUAGAGUUGAGUCCAUCAAGAGAUGUCAGAACUGUCGACGAUUGUCUCGACGAUUUUGAAACCGUAAUUCCUGCUGCAACAUCUUCUCAAAUUUCUCCUAAACCCAUGACUCCGAGGCGGGUGAAGAGAAGAUCAGUCAUGACUAGAGGUAGCACAGGAAGACAGUCGAGCAGUAAUAGAAGCCAUCACAAUAGAUCUUCCAUGCAUAGAUCCUCCAGAAGAAAAGCUCAGAAUCCAGUGACUAGGUUGAUGGAGCAGCAGCAGCAUGUGGCAACUAGUAGCUUUGGUACUCUGGAGCAGCAAGAUAAUAAAUCAAUAGGACCGCUGAAUCCUAGUACUCUAGGCGAACAUCAGCAAAGCUACGCAAAUCAUCAUAGCGUAUUGUCCUAUGACCCGAAUCCUAUAUAUUAUAACACUUCUAAUGCUAAUCUUAUUCAACCUUAUCCGGCAUUGCAAGCUCAUUCAAAUCCUACGUACCAACAGUCAUCGAACCAGUCAUUAAACGAUCAUGCUGAGGAAUUUGAUGAACUGUACAAUAACAGGCCAGCCUCAGUGAGAUCUAGUUACUCUAAUUUCCAUGGUACUCGUACUGUUUCAACAAGCAACGAUAACUAUUUCGCUCAGAACAAUUUUGUCGCAAGCCAAGCGACGCCUCAAGUACCGCAGAAGAGAAAUGCACCGUACAGGCAUAGUGUCAGGUCGAACGCUUUCCUGAACAACGGUCCGCCGGCGUACAAUUUCCAAGGGCACACGCCGCCAGAUUCAGAAACAACGAUGUGACUGUGACGUCAUUAGUACGUUAUAAAGUAUAGUUCAUCAGCGCCUUUACUGUUUUUUUAAACUGAUUUACAAAUAUGAUGAUUUCAAAUAUUAAACA